UGGAGCACCCUGUGUCCACAGCAUCAUUUCAGCCGGAAAGCUGCAGGAGGAAGGAAGGCUUAGAGAAUUUGCCCCGAACAUGGAGACCAGGGUAUUGAUGCUUUUCUGCAUACUCUGCUCAUUCAGUGCAGUUCUGUCAUCCCGGGUUCGUAGACAUCAAAGCCACCUCCAGAGCAGUUUAGCACCCGGGAAUACAUCAACCAGUGACCGCAGCACAUACCCUCAGUACAUGCUGCAGCUGUACCACUCCUUCAAGGCUGCUGACCACAUCUCUUCUCUUGCUGUCAACACCAUUACAACACAAAGUGACGACUCGUCAGUGCACAGCUUCGACUCUGUUCUGAGCCUGACGGCCAAAGGCUUCUAUCAUGAGGACAACAGAUGGAAGGUCACAUUUGACAUGUCAUCCAUUUCCAACGAUGAGCUCGUCCUACUGGCAGAAGUUCAGAUCAGACUUCCUGCCUUCUCUGCCUGCAAGCACGCGACUUUGGACUUUUAUCACUCCGGAAAGCUGAGCUGUGACAGCAUGCCAUGCCAGGAGAAAGAGGUUUUCCUGGGGAGUUUUGGCACAACACCAAGCAGCACAAAGUCUUCAUGGAAAGUAUUUAAUGUGACUGCUCUUUUGACUUACUGGCUACAGCACAGAGAUGGAAUGGUGAGCCAAGAAGCCUCAGGAGAGCCUGACGUUGACCUGGGGAGUGGUGCUGAAAACGAAGAGAGCCUGAGCAAUUGGGCCCCUUCACGUAAUAUGGGAAAGAGGCAAAGAAAAAUACAGCAUCCAACAUCAAACCGUGUCAUGAUGAUCAUCUUUUUCCAGCACAAGAUGCCCCAGGAAGGCCAUGUUACGUAUAGUCUCAUUCAAACGGUGGAGAAUUCAAAGUAUGUGAAAAUGGACAGUGUCCGUCAGAACCGCCGCCACAAGAGAAACCGAGUGCAGAGGAUGCGAGUUCCUGAUGGAGUUGCAGCAACGGUAGCUCCAGCAGCUCCGGCAGCAGAACCUGUUCAGCGGCCGAUGUGUCGAAGGGUGGACAUGUGGGUGGACUUUGAGCACAUCGGCUGGGAUGAAUGGAUUGUGCAUCCAAAGCGCUACAAUGCCUAUCGCUGUGAGGGAGAGUGCCCCGUUCCCCUGGAUGAGUCCUUUAGCCCCACCAACCAUGCAUACAUGCAGAGCCUCCUGCGACACCACCACCCUACGAGAGCGUCUUGCCCCUCCUGUGUGCCAACCCAUCUGAGCCCUCUCUCAAUGCUGUACUACGAGAACGAUGAUUUGACCCUGCGGCAUCACGAGGACAUGAUCGUCGAGGAAUGUGGCUGCCACUGAAGGACCCUGAGAUUUCUGCCAAACAGGCUCUAGCGUUAUUACAUUUUAAAAUGUAAAACUUCAGAAGUCCCUGCUUCCAGUUUCCUCCUAAAACAUAAAUCAAACCUUUCAAAGAUGUGAAAUAUAGCGUUUCAUUGUUGAUGUCAUUAUGUAAAUGUUUUAAGGUCUAUUUAUACAGAAGCAUGUAUA